AACCAAAAAGAACUGACAAAACUUUUUAGCCCCAACAUUUGUUGUUUUCCUAAUCAUUUAAAACAUACGUAUGCUUGCAUAUAUAUACAAAUACAUAAUGUAUAUAUGUAUCUACAUCUACUUAACUAAAGAAAAAACGCGUGUAUAUAACAAACGAUAAUUCAAUAAUUUUAAAAUAACCAAAAAGGUAGCUGUUAAAUAUGUAAUUCAAAAUGCGUGUCAAGCCGUCCUCUUUACAAAGAAAUGAUCACAAAGUAUAUGAAAUAUAUAUGAUAAACAAGUAAACAAAUAAAUCCAUUACAUUUUCAACGACAAUUGUUCAGUAACAAUGACUUUAGCCUUUGUAAUAUAAUAUAAUAUAAAUAAUAAAAAGCACAUCUAAUGCGAGUACAAUAAUAAAACAAGGCGUAGCUUCUAUCUUGCUAAACGAGUGAGAGACGACAAAAUGGCUGACGCCUUGUCUCUGGCCCACCUUUUCGCGCGCGUGUGAAAUAAAACAAAAACAACAAAAAAGUAGAAAAUAAAAUAAAAUUUAAAAAAUCAAAUAAAAAACCAAACCAACAAAAGCAAAGCAAAAAUUAAAAAAUUAAAAUUAAAAUAAACAAAAAAUAAAAAACUAAGCAUCAGUGAAAAGUAUUAACAAGAAUUAUAUUAACAUCAACGCCGACAACAACAAGAACAACAACGAGAGCAACGUCAACAACAACAAUAACAAGAAAAUCAUCAUAAUCAAGAAGCAGCAGCAGCACGAGCCGUGGAAAAUCAACUCAAUGCCAAAGUGAAUGCCGGAUAUAGAAAGACUCAUAUAGAUUGUUGUGCAUACAGCCAACACAUAUACACGUGUACACACACACACAGAUACACAUAUAUACAUGUACAUACAUACACACACAUAUACAUAGGGCAAAUAAGAGCAAUAGAUGUGGUUGUCAUUCACACUGCUGAUGUCGUCAAAGUUGCCAUUGCCGUCGUCGCCGUUGCCGUCGCAGUCGUCGUCGUCGUCGCAGUCGCAGUCGCUGCCAUUGCCAGCGAUAAUCAACAUUUAGGAAAUUCAUCAUACGCACUGUGGGACACGACCCAGGCAAAUGCAGUGCCCGAUUGAAAGGUACCUAAGAGCAUACACCUGCCUUUGACGAAUCUGAGCGCAUCGCGCGUGCUGAUGUGCAACGCAUCUGUGGGCAGCGAGGGUUCCGUAACACUGCAACUCAGAGAUGCGAAUGCUUUGGAGACAGCCGCCAGCAGCACAACAACAACGACAGCAACAACAACAACUGCAGCAACAGCAGCCACAUCGUCAUCAGGCCAGGCCAGCCAAGCGAAUGCGUCGGGACUAACGUCAGCAUUAGAGAAUGCGUUGACUAUCGGCUAUCCGGAUCCGGACAUGUUAGCAGAUGUCUUGGGCACCAUACAGACGGCCUCUCUUAAGAACAAACAAAGCAACAACAGCAUCAGCAACAGCAACAGCAACAGCAACAGCAAUAGCAACUGCAACAGCAGCAAGCGAACCAUCAAUGGUAGCAGCAACCGCAGCAGCUGCACCACUGCCCCAACAAUCUUGAACAACACGAUAGGAGCGUCGAGCUCUGGCAUUCGCCUGAACAGUCCCAAUAGGAUAACGAUAACGCGACGCAGCGCCAGCAACAAGAUUAGCGUGCAGACUGUGAGCGCCUCCACGAAUACGACCAUCAGCAGCAUCGGUGGCAGCAAGACCAACUACAUUAAGAACUGUCUAAUACGCAGCAGCAGCUGUAGCAACACGGCCACCAAUGUCACGACGCUGGCACAGAUUAUGAGCAACAGCAGCACCAGCAGCGCCGCCAGUUUACUCAGUCAGCACAACAACAAUAGCAACUGCAGCAACAGCAGCAAUUUCAGCAACGCCUCGUCCGUGGGCAGCAGCAUUAGCAUUAGCAGCACCACCAGCAGCAGCACCACCAGCAAUCACAGCAACAGCAACAGCAACAGCAACGACAGCAACAGCAGCAGCGGCCACAGUCUAAGUUUCAAGAGCAACGGCCGACAUGUUGCCAGCAUAGUGACAACAGCAGCAUCCACUAACACCACUGCAACUGGCAUUGGCAUAAUCACUGUCGACCCCGCGCCCCGAAAGAGCCGACCCAAGCUAUCCUCGCCCACGCGCCACGGCCCCCAACAGUGUCAGAUUUGCAGCAAGAUCUUUGGAAAUGCCUCGGCACUAGCCAAGCACAAACUGACGCACAGCGACGAACGGAAAUACAUCUGUGCGCUCUGCUCGAAGGCAUUCAAGCGGCAAGAUCACUUAAACGGACACAUGAUGACGCAUCGGAACAAGAAGCCCUACGAGUGCAAGGCGGAGGGCUGUGGCAAGUCCUAUUGCGAUGCUCGAUCCCUUCGCCGGCACUCGGAGAAUCACCACGGGGGCGCGGCCACUCCCAACAACAACUCACUCUCGCCGACGACCAGCACCAACUGCGGCAACGUGAGCAGCGGCAGCAGUAGCAGCAGCAGCGUGGGCGUGGCCACCAACUCGCUCAGCCUGUCGCCGGCCACGGCGAGCGGCGAUGCCAGCUCCCCGGACGGGGCCACCUGUAUUCGCACCUACAUUUCCACAGGCAGCACCGUGGUGGACGCAGCCACUGGCAUUGCGCUCUCCGACGAGCAGAUCAAGGCCAUGAAUCUGCCCAUUAAAACUGGGGUCACACUGCUCUCGCCCACCACUUCGACAUCGUCGAACGCAUCGUCCACAGCCUCCUCCUCGUGCUCCACAUCGGGCAGCAGCGCCAGUGGCAACGGCAACGCCAGUGGCAGCUCUAACGGGAAUUCUGUGGUCGCCGGCUCACCCACAAUUACGCUCAGCGAUGGCACCACGCUCGAGGGCGAUGGAUUGACGCGCGAGCAACUGGAUCUCAUCAGCAAGAUCAUGCAGCAGACCAAGCAGACCAGCGCCCAGGUCACGGUCUCCUCCCCCACCAGCGUCAGCUCCUACAAGAUCAAUACGGAGACAACGCCAGUCUCCUCGCGCCCACGCACCUGGAACAUGCAAUUGCUCAAUAAUGCACAGAAUGUGACUGUAACUGUGGAGGAUGGCACCGAGCUGGCUGGCUCGGCGUCAGGCUCACCCGACGAGGUCAAGGACGAUGAGCUGAGCCAGCAGCUGGUGGCCGCCAUUAAUCCGCAUCUGCUGAACAUCGUCAAGAUCGACAAGCCGGUCGAGUGCAAUCUGUGCCAUCGCAAGUUCAAGAAUAUACCCGCCCUCAAUGGGCACAUGCGCCUGCAUGGCGGGUACUUCAAGAAGGAUCCGGAAACGAAGCGCAGUGAGAAGAAGGACUCGAAUGGGCCCCCGCUGCAGACAGCCAGCAUAGGAGUGCGCGCUCUGAUCGAGGAGAAAAUCAUCAGCAAGCGGAAGGACAUAACUAAGGGCGCCUUUGUGGUGCCUGCACCACCGAGCACCUCGUGCAGCAGCGGCAGCGUUGGCGUCUGCAGCAGCAACAGCAACACGCUGCGACGCUCGAUCAGUGACCUGGAGAGCUUUCUCAACCCCAAGUGCAGCAGCACCAGCCUGAGCCAGGCGCUAUCCACCAGCAGCAGCACCACCACGGCGGUGCUGCCCGCAGCAACCACAAUCAAGAGCAGCAACGGGCUAAGCAUACAGCAGAUUGGCCUGCCGCAGAGCAUCGAGAUCUUCAGCGGAGGUCACAGGCAGCCAAAGACUCUCAGCUUGGGCAGUGGUGCCAACACCAUCACCAUAACCACCAACAAUGUGCCUACCACAACCACGAUGAGCGCCCUGACGGCACUGAAGGGCGGCGGCACCAUCAACGGCCUCUCCAGCAACGUGGACCCCAAGGACUCGACAUUGAUUGAGCUGCUCAAGCGGGGCACGCGCAUCGCCGUCGCCUCCAAGAAGACACACAUGCAGUCGCAGAACGGCACGAAUCUCCUGCUGAGCAAUGUGACGGGCACGGAGCUGACUACGAUUGGCAGCACUCUCCAGACCACCGGGCGACAGAUAAUAACCAACAACAACCGCACCGUCAUCAUACCCUCGGAUGUGCAUGUGGUGUCCACCAAGAGCAAGCUCGUCUCCAGCCAGGCCAUUACGGCUAGCGACAGCAGCAACAUCAACAGCAGCAACAGCAGCAACAAUAGCGGCAGCAGCAAUGCCACGUGCUCCUCCAGCAGCAUCUCGUUGCCGGACGGCACUCCGCUCUCAGUGGCCAUUGCGAACAGCCAGGAGAAUCUGGGAGUCAGUGAGGCCAGCAGCAUUACGAGCGGAGGCGGUGUUUACACAGUGACCUACACGAGCGAUGCGGAUGCAUCGGACCUCUUCGACGACGCGGAGGUGUACAAUGUCUCGGAUACGGAAAUGCUGCUCCAAACGGUGGACACUAUGGAACUGCUCAAUGAUGAGGAGGAUGGGGUGAACAAGACGGAACAUUCCGAUGACUUUUCGCUGCUCAGCGAGGCCGGCGAGGCGGUGCACACGCAGCUGGUCAAGACGGAGCCGGGACUAACCAGCACAACGAGCAGCGUCAACAAGACGACGCCAUUGCCCACCUUCCAGCAAUUCCAUUCCAAGGAGAUCAUCAUGCAGAAUAGCUCGCAGAUUCAGGCCAUCGCCAACAUGCGCAACGGGAGCAAUCUCGGCGUGCUCUCCUCACCCUUACAUUCGCCAAUAGCCUAUCCGACGCCGCCGUCCAGCCACGAGAAUAUGGCACAGUCCUCACCCUUCAUAGAGGAUGCUGCGGCUCAGUUUGUGGACGCCAGUCACACGUUCUUCGGCGACAAGACAGACUUCUCGCACGUCUACUUCAAGACAGACGACGGCGACUCCCUGCAGCAGCUCACCGAGAACGACAACGAGAAGAUACUCAAGCUGAAGACGGUGCUGGAGGAGAGCAGCUUCGACCCGUCCAUUAAAGUGGAGGAUCUGCUGAGUGGCACCGAGGAUGAUGCUGAGUGCGACCUGCGCGAGUUUGCCGAGACGAAUCUGUCGUUCCUGGACGAGGAUCAGGAGUUCCUGAAUGACUCACGCAACGCCACCUCCCCGCUGUCCGAGUCCUUCUUCACCAGCGGCAUUGGCUCGGCCGAGGAUGUUAAGCAGGUGCUGCGCGAGGUGCUGCCCGAGGAGAAUAUCCAGCUGCAGCUGAGCAGCGAGCAGCAGGGCGAGAACAUCAUUGAUCUUUACUACUUGCCCGGCCUCGGCCUGCAGUCCCAAAUGAUGCCCAACUCCGAUGAUCCGCUGCUGUCCUCAUCGCCCCGCGAGUUCGGUCAGCAGCGCCAGGUGCUGCACGCAGCAACAGCAGCAACUACUACGAACGUGCAGCCCAUUGAGCAAUUGCAGUCGACGACUGCGCUUUACGACCAGCAGCAACAGCAACAGCAGCAGCAGCAGCAACAGCAACAGCAACAGCAACAACAACUGCAGCUGCAAUUGCAAAUGCAGCAGCAGCAGCAGCAGGAACAGCAACAGGAUCAGCAGCAACCACAAGAGCAGCAACAGCAGCAAAUGGAGAGUCAGCAGCAACAAUUGCAACUGACACAGCUGCCAGCAAUUCAAAGCGAGCAACAGCAACAGCAGCAGACUGAUUUUGUGCUGACCAACUUCUCGCCCAUGAACUGUCAAGCUCAGUAUUUGGAUGCCAAUCAACAGCAGCAGCAGCAGCAGCAGCAGUCGAUGAUGUUGCAGCCCUUGAAUAGCCUGCUGCAGCCGAUGCUCUAUGGCAACAAUGGGGCUGGCAGCAACAAGUCCGCAUUUAGCACGGCUCAGGCGACUGCACUGGAUGCGAGCCUGCUCUUUGCCUGCGACGACUCCAAGAGCAACUGCAGCAAGCCCAUGCUGCCCGCUUUGCCCGCAGCAAUUCCGACCGUCGUCACUGCUGCCUCGAGUGUGGCCAAUCUGCAGCCGUUGUCCAAUCAAACGAAUUCCAUACUGAAGCGGCGCCUGCGCUCCAAUGGGGCGCAGGAUGUGCACAAGUUCUCGAAAUUCCACACACUCUCGCCGCACCGCUCCAAGCUGCGCAAGCCGUCGCGGACCCACUACACGCCUGCCCCAAUACUCAAUCCGGAUCGCAAGGGCACCGGACUCUACUGCAAUGUGCGCAAGCAGCUCGGCCAGGGCAUGUUCGAUGUGUUCGACGAUGACUUUGGGGAUCCCGUGGGCUUGGUGGACUUCUGCGAUGAGUCCAAGGUGAACCUCGGCUCCACCUAUCAAGCGCAGAUCCCAGCCUGCAAGGCGCCAGAGGAGUCCCUCAAAGAGCCCAUGUGCGCCGACCUCAUGUGGGACCCCAGCGUCCAGCUGGACGAUAAGAUACUGAUGCGUUACAUCGAUCUCAGCAAGUCAUCGGCCGUGCCCAUGGGCAGCCAUUCCGAAGAGGUGGCUCUACAGACGCUGCUCGACGCCAAGGGCAACUCGGCGGCAGCGGUGCUCGCACUACUGCAGAUGCAGUCCAGCGCAUUCCAGAUGAAGUGGACUGCCUACGAGCUGGAGCAAUUUCUACGCGGCCUCGAGAAACACGGCAAGGACUUUGGCAAAAUCGCGGGCGAGCUUCACACAAAGACUUCUGGCGAAUGCGUGCAAAUGUAUUACUUUUGGAAGAAACUCUGUGUGGAUUACAAGGUGUCGCAUUUGAAAAUGGAGCCAGUUCCUGCGACCGUUCCGACGGUAGAGCAGAAGCCCUACGUAUGCGAGAUUGCCGACUGCUCGGCGAGCUUCAGUUCUAAGGCGGCGCUGCAUGGUCAUGUUCGCAUACACGCUUACGGUAGAAAUGCCAGCAACAAUAAUAGCAACAACAACAGCAACAACAACAGCCACAACAACAGCAAUAGCAACAACAACCAGCAUGCCACGGCAACUAGUGCCAACARCAACCAUAAUUCCAGCAACAACAACAACACCAAUAGCAGCAACGCAUGCACUCCCCUGACUAGCAGCAGUCAACAGACUAGCAACAAUGCAACAACAACCAUAACGCACACUAAUGGCCAUAACAGCACCACCGCGAACAACAACAACAAUAUGAACAACAACAGCAACAGCAUCGCUGGCAUUUCCACAAACCCAACGAUGCUCUCAGUGGCAAGCACAGCAUUAGCAACAGCUGCAGCAUCAGCCGCAACAGCAGCUGUUGCCGGCGCAGCAACAGCAACGGCAUCGACAGCAAUGAAAGACAGUAGCAACGGCAACAAUUCCAAUAUGCCCAAGGACAGUGAAUUUCCCUGCAAGGUGUGCGGCAAAGUCUUCAAUAAGGUGAAGAGCCGCAGCGCCCAUAUGAAAACGCAUCGAGUACAAGAAGCGGAACAACUAUCCAAUUCCAAACAGCAAUCAUCCACACUUGUUGUUGCUGUCGCCACAACAGCAGCAUCCGCAGCAGCAGCAGCAACAUCCGCAGCAGCAACAGCAAUGGCCACAGCAACAUCCUAGACUAACUAUGGACAGCCAGCCACAGGAAGGCCUCAGCAUCGAUUGACAAUCGCGUUAAGCAAGCAGCAAGCAUUGUUUACAACUUUUAGAAUAUAAUUAAAUUAAUCGAUACUCGAUCGGAUGGAUCCGAGUUCAAUGUGUAUAGUUAAGUAAAUGAAUAUCGUAAUUUCGAUGUAUUCAAAAGUUAAAGGCAUUUUUCUCAUUUUCACGCUCUCUUCCUAUCUAACUACCUACCCAACAAUCUAUCUAUCUAUCUAUAAAUCUAACUAUCUUUCUAUCUAGCUGACUACAACACACAAAUCAGAGUCUU